UGUCGAGGAGCUGCUCUGCUGCAAAGCGAAAACUAAACGAGUGUAGUGAAGUGAUAACUUUCCCACCCUCCGGGAAAAAGUCGAAUUUCGGUUUAAUUUUCACCCAGUAGAAUCCUUCACUUAGGCACGUUGCAUUCCUGAGAGUAGCCGAUUGCCGUAAACGUCAACCGAGGAAACGAUGUCUGCCAAAGGCUGCUGAAAUUGGCCUCGCAAAAAAAGAAAUAAGAAGCUGCAAUUUUCUAACUUCACAAAGACUGAAUCACUCCCUUCGGGAAGGUAAAAAAAAAUGAACGAGUAGGCGCGACGUAACGAUCGAGGAAGAAAGAAACGGCACAUCCAGUCGUGUCAGAAAAAGAGGCUCAGCCACACAUCGAGUGAGAGAGGUCAAGGGAAAACAAAAAAAAAUUACCCUCAUCGUGUGCCUUCUUCCGCUCCUUUUUUGCUGGAGUGAGUAAUGUUGAUGAUGAUGACGGUAUUUUUGUGUUGUGUUGGUGUGGAAUAGUGAAGAAAACAUCUUCAGGCAAGGUAUUUUCGGGGAUUCCGGUCUGAUUUUCGUUUUUUUUUACGGAAUAACAUAAUUAAGGUGGAGCAAUUUUGAAGGCAAAUGUGAAUUUGAUUUUCGGCACUUAGAAGCAGAUAGUGAAAUUGUGUUCAUUCCUAAAAGUUGCCUGUUUGAAGAAACAAAAGGAUUACUUGAGUAUCGAUUUUUUUUUGUUCCUUCGAUCGAAAACUCCGAAAGCAAAAAUGUCAAAUCACAUUCAUACUCAAAGCUCCGAUGCAGCACUGAUUGCACAAAUGCAUCAGAUGCGACUGGAAGGAAACGCUUCAGGGUCAAGUGCAGUGCGAAUGGUUUCACCUCAAACCGUGGUCCUGCAAAGCGUACCGCGGGGUCAAAAUAUCGUCGGACCAAUGCGAAUGGAAAAUCAUUACGUUCCGGUAUCAGCGGGCAUGGGUUCCGGAAACGUGAUGAUCAUGAACGAUCCCCGUGCCUACGACAAGUAUCAGAAUCCGAUUCAAGUAGCAGCUGGUAGAAAACCACCAGGUGACAUUGCGCAUGUGGGAUACUAUCGGGUUAGCAAUAGCCCCACCCAUUCGAUCGGAGGCUCAUCACAUCAUUCCGGUGGUGGCGGUAGUCCACGUUCAAUCAUACAACAACCCCCACCACCACCACCGGCCCAGUACUACGAUCCUCGCUAUCAGGCGGUAUACGAGAAUAUAGACUACUAUACUCCAACUCAGGCUCAGCAAGCAGACAGUCUAAUGUACGAAAGAAAAUUCGAAUCGAACAAUGUCAAAGCACAACCUCAAGUUCCAGUCGGUUCAAGCCAUCCACAGAUUCCAUCUAAUGGAGGUGGAAGUCGAUAUGCUCACACUCCACAGCCACCGGAAUUACUAGAGCAACCUCCAAUAUAUGAAAAUCUUCAUAGUGCUUCCGGCCAGCAAGCUCAACCACAAGCUUCGAAAGCUUCCACGCAAAUCUACUAUCAUCGCAAUGAAGCUAACAGUCCUCAGGUAUCUCACAAUCAACCAUAUCACGCCGGUGAAUUGCCGUUCUACGAAACUACUGUUGUGAACCCCAGUGCAAAUUCAAGAUACGUUUCGAUCGGACAGGGAGCCUCCAGUGGAAUCUAUCAACAUUCCCCAACCAGCAGUAACAUCUCGUUAAAAAUCGCUCAACAACCUCAACCAGUUCAGCUGCCGAACGUGAAAUACCACGCUACGGGAGUUCCGAUUUCGGCUGCCCUUCCAUAUGACCAGCAGAAAUCUGCCAAACAAGCAGGGGCCCCUUCACUGCCACCGAAAUCUACCGAGAACAUGAAAUCACAUCAAACCAAAAUCAACUCUCCAUCACGAAGCAGCUCCAUAUCGGGUUCAAGCUCGUUGAACAAAUCGUUCGUGGAAGACAUCAACGGUUCCGAUUACGUCUGCAUGACCGGUGGUAGCAAAUAUCAACAACGACAAUACUCAGUAUCCCCACAACCACAACCGUCACAGCAAUCGGCUAAAUCUGCCAACACCACCACCACCACCGUCACGGCAGCUUCCGGUCAGAUUCAGUCAUCCGCCACCAAUCAUGAACGCCAUUAUGCCACGCUUCGCGAACUGGAAAUGGGACCCAACGGCUCCAGUAAGUCAUCGGCCUCAAUGCCAGCCGGUACUGGUGGAGGUGGACCAACUACCGCAACUCCCGGCAGUAAACCGAACAGUGCUCAAAACUCAUUCUCAGGUUUGUCAACAACAACAACGGCUAGCGGCAAUCGGAAUACGUCGGCCGUUUCGCCCACACCAUCACAACUGAGCACCGGAAGUGGAUCCGGAAAACGCUUGACGAAGAACUUGCUGCCGUACAAUGUCACACCGCCCCGUCCAACGGGACCCACUGAAGCGGAACGCAAGAUCGAAGAACUUACCCGACAGCUCGAGGAGGAAAUGGAAAAGAAUGAAGAGCAGGGCGAAUAUUUCGGAAUCUGUCACACCUGCAAGGAGAAGGUAACCGGUGCCGGAGCAGCCUGCCAAGCCAUGGGCAACCUAUAUCACACCAAUUGCUUCAUUUGUUGUUCCUGCGGUCGAGCCCUUCGCGGAAAGGCGUUCUACAACGUGCACGGUCGGGUGUACUGUGAGGAGGACUAUAUGUAUUCCGGAUUUCAGCAAACCGCAGAAAAGUGUGCCAUUUGUGGGCACCUGAUUAUGGAGAUGAUUCUGCAAGCGAUGGGAAAAUCCUACCAUCCCGGGUGUUUCCGGUGCUGUGUGUGCAACGAAUGCCUCGAUGGAGUGCCGUUCACCGUCGACGUGGACAAUAAAAUCUACUGUGUCAACGAUUACCACAGUAUGUUUGCUCCGAAGUGCGCCAGCUGUGGAAAAGGUAUCACUCCGGUGGAAGGAACGGAGGAAACCGUACGGGUAGUGGCCAUGGACAAAGACUUCCACGUGGAUUGCUACAUCUGCGAGGAAUGUGGCAUGCAGCUGACCGACGAACCGGACAAACGGUGCUAUCCGUUCGAGGGCAGGCUUAUGUGCCGGGCGUGUCACAUCCAGAAAAUAUCGCAGCAAGAUAUGCACGGAAGAAUUGUGGAGCCGGUGUCGGCCACCUAUCAGUAUAUGGGGUGAAUUGGGGGAUGUUAAGACCGCUUCGAAUAUUAAUGGAUCUUCAACUUCAACAUACAAUAAAAGCAAACAAACUGAACGACUGAAAUAAAACAAAAAACGGUUUUGAUCGAACGCCAAGAAACUAGAACGACACGCGUCUCCAAGACAUGCAUGCUUUUAACUGAAUAUGCCAAAACCAGGAGUCAAAACUAUUGCGGGCAAGCCAGAACUCAUAUUAUAACCAUUACUCAUACGAAAUUGUCGCUCUAAACGUUUCCACAUAGACGUAUUGGUACUUUAACCCUCCCAUCGUACUUUUAAAUGCAACAAUAUUACAAUCGAAAUUGGUCGUUUUUUAUCAAGCUUCCGUGUUAAAAAAUUAAAAGACAUUCUGCAAUCACAAAACAUUCCAACAACACUAGUAACUCGAACGACGAAGACGAAGAUUGGUGGACUUAGUUUAUUAACGCCACAUGAACAAUAUUGCAAUAACAUUAAUUAAACAUGAUCCAUGUCAUUAUUACUUGCUUAUUUUCUAGGGAAUACCUUUUCAAAUUGUACAAUUAUUGAAAUACAAAUUUUCAAUGGGAAGAAGAA